GAUUCAGUUCUGUGACAGUAUUCAACUGUUGAACACAACUUAAGUGUACGCUUGCGCCUGCCACACGUUUUCCACUGCAACGUCAACGUUUACCGUUUUUUUUGGUCGACCAAAGCGCGUUUUGAUACCAAAUUCAGACAAAACGAAAGAAAAUUGAAAGCAGCCAAAGCCGCUGACAUAGCUGAGACACCUUUGACUUGUAAUGUCGAUGAACCGUGCGUAUUCGAAAGAGUGCCGCGCCAAGAAACCACAACUAGCUGUUGCCACCAAGAAGGAGUCUUGCUGAAUCCUCCCCAACACCCCCCCAACAUCGCCAACAACUCUUCGACAGAGAGAUACGAAUGUGCCCAAGCCGCCAGCUGGACAUACGCUACGUCAAGGCACAGUGAAGAAGAAGAGAAGAGAAGUGAAGAGACCAAGAGCUAACCGCUUAAGAAGAACGCUCCGGAACCGGAACCGAACCGAAUCGAAUCGAAUCCGAGCGCAUUUGCGUGCAAAAUAAAGAAAAACAAUCAAAAUUUCACCAAAACUAAGCUGCAAGGCUACCAAAACGGCAACCCGCGCCGUACCUAUGUCAGUGUUAAGCCAAUUGCUGCUGAAUUUCAAUCAGAAGGCCCAAACCCGAAGCCAUCACAACUUAGAGCUGAUAAACUCCUUCAUAACAUAACAAAGAGCUGUGAACCAGUUCGCGGAUCGAACCACCAACAAGAACAACAAGAGGAGACGCGACCGCCCAUCGUUAUAUUACGGCCCCCAGUUAGGGAGAAAUUUGCAAACAUUUUUUACCGGAAGAGAAAAAAGAAAUCAAAUCAAAA